AUGGCUCAUGCAGUACGGAGCAACUGAGAUGCUUUGGCAAUGGCCGAAUAUACAUACGACCGCUUCAAAGAAGUAUUCCUUUGACGGAAACUGUGCGUUUUCAUGAAGAAAAAGAAAUAUGCUUAUCAUGCGGUGAAAGCGUUUCAGUUAGUGAAAUGAGUGAGCAUCUACAAGCUUGCGAGCAUUAUCAUUCUGCAAAUGAGCAUGAAACUGAAGAGGGAGACGAGAAUAGCCGAUAUGGAAUUAACAGUGAAAGAAACGACGUCGUUCAAGUUACGGAUGAUGACACGUUAAUUUCAAAUACAACCUCUUUGCCGCUAAACGAACAGAUCGCCCCGACACAAUUAGUCUCUAAUACUGACGCGAGAGACAGUGACCUGGAUUCAUUAGCACCAGUUCCUCAACCAAAUGAAACGUUGGAAAUCGAGGACAGCAAUCGCGCUGAACUUGAAAACAGCGUGGAAGUAGAUCCUAUGGCUCUGCCAUACGAAGAACACCUACGAAACGCCAUCGACGCAACACUAAAAGCAACAACUGCAAAUGAUGACCCUGUCCAAGUUCUGCGAACCUUCUCUUGCCACUUUCUGCGGGGUCGUCCCCUCGAUGUUAUGGACCCAACGGUGCAACUUGAAGGUGAAACAACAGAUGUUUUCGUUACGCGGGAAAACAUUUACGAAGAUGGCAUGGAAAAUUUCUUUCAAGGAAGUAUAAAUAACAAGAUGGAAGCAUCUUGUUGA